AGGUAAACAAUUCUGAGGGCUUCUAAGUUUUCGAUUUAAUGGCCAGGAGGUGUGGUCCGCCUGGACAUUAGUGCAGUCAUGUCUCCUUUGCUGGCAAUCGUGCUGCUGAGCACGCUGGUUGCACCCACCAUUGGAGAAGACGAGAAAAAAUCACAAGCCCGACGAGAAGUUCAGUCAGAAACGGUGUCGGAUUGGAAAUCUUUGUGGUAUGGAACUGAUCAAAAUAACGAUCACAAAACAGCACAAAACCUUGAUGGACACUCAGGCAAUAAUGGUGGACUAAUUAUAGGAUCUUAUCCAGAUGAACAUGAUCACGCAGGUGGUCAACCGACUGCAAUGAUGAGACCUCAGGUGUACACACCUGAAAACUAUACAGCUCACAAUGUAACAGUACAAUUGGGAGCUACCGCGUUUUUACACUGCCAUGUACGAAAUGUGGGCGAGCGAGGACAAAUAGCCUGGGUACGAAGAAGAGACUGGCACAUUUUAUCCUCCGGAGCUCAAACCUAUACAAAUGAUGAGCGUUUUGGUAUAUUGCAUGCGGAAGGCAGCGAUUUGUGGACGCUUCAGAUCAAAUAUGUACAGCGUCGUGAUAAUGGCACAUAUGAAUGCCAGGUUGCAACUAGCUAUGGUGUUGUAUCACAUUUCGCAAAUUUACAAAUAGUAGUUCCGGAAGCUUUCAUUUUGGGAUCAGGAGAGCACCACGUUGACGUGGGAAGUAUAAUAAGCCUCGUAUGCAUUAUUGAGAAGAGUCCCACACCACCUCAAUAUGUGUUCUGGUACCAUAAUCAGCGAAUGAUCAACUACGAUACUUCCCGAGGAGGUAUCACGGUGGAGACUGAUCCUGGUCCGAGAACUCAGUCUCGUCUAACAAUAAGAGAUACUGUGGACGCCGAUUCAGGCAACUAUACAUGCGCUGCCAGUAACACAGAGCCUGCUAGCAUUAUGGUCUUUGUUUCAGAAGGUGAUAAAAUGGCUGCAAUUCUUCGAAGAAAGACUUCAAAUGGAGAUGCUCUAGUUUCUCACUGGGCUGUGCUUUAUGCUACAAUGGCAGCUAUAUUAUUUUGGCGGUAAAAUUAAUAACAUUUUCAAGUACAAUUUUGCUUUAAACUAAUAUAAUCACUAAUUACAUUUUUGGUAAGUACUGCGAUUAAUAC